AUGGGAAAGAAGGAAAGCAAUAGCCAAGAGGGCAAACACCGUCACCCGCCCCGUCAACGAAAAGUGAAGAAGCGAAAGAGAGAAGAAGAAGAAGGUGAGAUGGGUGUGGAUUAUUACAAGGUUCUACAGGUUGAUAGAAGCGCUAGCGAAGAUGACCUGAAGAAAGCUUACAGAAAACUCGCCAUGAAAUGGCAUCCCGAUAAGAACCCUAACAACAAAAAGGACGCCGAGGCUAAGUUCAAGCAGAUCUCUGAAGCCUACGAUGUAUGUUUGUUUAUCAUUCCCACUGCGUCUCAAUUAAAUUCGAUGAUUGCUUUAUUGAAACCGUCGAUUUUGAUUUCUAGUGAUGAAAUUUUGCACCUCGUGAUACUGUCGGCGGCGGAGUUGAAACACUUCGAAGGGUUAAAAGGGAACGUGCCGCCUCCUAAUGCUGGUGGUGGAGCCUCCUACUUCUCAACAGGAGACGGACCUUCAGCUUUCAGAUUCAACCCGAGAAGUGCUGAUGACAUAUUCGCUGAGUUUUUCGGGUUCUCGACUCCGUUUGGUGGAGGAGGCGCUGGUGGCAGCGGAGGGCAGAGGUUCUCUAGCCGCAUGUUUGGUGAUGAUAUGUAUGCCUCGUUUGGUGAAGGAGGAGGUGGUGGUGGUGGAUCAAUGAAUCAUCAUCACCAUCAUCAUCAUCAUCAUCAUGGAGCUAGGAGAGUGGCUCCAAUCGAGAACAAGCUGCCGUGUAGCCUUGAAGAUCUCUUCAAAGGAACCACCAAGAAGAUGAAGAUCUCCAGAGAGAUUGUAGAUGCCAGCGGCAAAGCAAUGCCAACGGAAGAGAUUCUAACGAUUGGAGUGAAGCCCGGGUGGAAGAAAGGCACGAAGAUCACAUUCCCGGAGAAAGGCAAUGAGCAUCCGGGAGUGGUUCCAGCGGAUCUCGUCUUCAUCAUCGACGAGAAACCACAUCCGGUGUUCACACGUGAUGGAAACGACCUGAUUGUCACACAGAAGGUCUCGCUAGUUGAUGCCCUAACUGGAUAUACCGUGAACCUAACGACCCUCGAUGGUCGAACACUUACAGUCCCUAUCACAAACGUGAUCAGUCCGGAGUACGAAGAGGUGGUGCCUAAAGAGGGAAUGCCACUUCAGAAAGAUCAGACACAGAAAGGGAACUUGAGGAUCAAGUUCAACAUCAAGUUCCCAGCGAGGUUAACUGCAGAACAGAAGGCUGGGUUUAAGAAGCUUCUUGGGUGA